AUGAGGGACGGUUGGCGAAGUCUGCGACUCAGAACACCGAAACUAUCUUCGCCUUUGUGGCCCGGAAACCUCACACAGCCGUCCCCGGCGACGCCGCAGCAGCCUGCUGAGCCGCCAGGGUUGUCCAGAGGAACUGGCGGGCCUGCCGGAAACGCAACCCUACGACUGGGCGUUGACCAGGUCAACGCCAACCCCCACCUGCUGCCACGUCACCGCCUUGAGAUGCAGCUGCUGGACGGUGGCGCGACGCCGUUCCUCGGACAGCUGGCAGGUCUCGAGGCGAUGAAGACGGAUCCGCUACUCAUUGUCGGGCCAAUGACUUUUGAGUCAACUCAAAAGCCUAGAGGCGAUGAAGAGGAUCUGCUCCUCAUUGUCGAGCGAAUGCUGUCCCUCCCCCUCCUCCCCCCUGUUCCCCUGUCUCCUUCCCUUCCCCCCUCCACCUCCCUCUCCCAACCCAAUCAGUCGACUCAAAAGUCAACUCCUUUUCUCCCCUCCUCCCCCUCGUUCCCCUGUCUCCCAACCCCUCCCCCAUUCUCUCUCCCCCCCAUCAGGUCUGGAGGCGAUGAAGAAGGAUCCGCUGCCCAUCGUCGGGCCAAUGCUGUCGGGACAGGUCUCGAGGCGAUGAAGAAGGAUCCGCUCCUCAUCGUCGGGCCAAUGCUAUCGGGACAGGUGGCGCUGCUCGGAAGCAGCCUCGGGAGUGCCGCGCAGAUCCCCAUGGUGGCGUAUGCUGCCACGGAUCCCACCCUCACUGUCAGCACGGAGCGGCAGUUUGUCAUGCGAACGACCCACAGCGAUGCUGCUGAGAUGCAGGCCAUUGCAGACAUCAUUCGCCAUCACGAGGAGGACAGGUGGAUGGAGGUGGUAACCAUUUACAUUGACAACCGUUUCGGCCGCAACGGCAUCGUCGCCCUCGAAUCGGCUCUCCAGAACAAGGGCUCCAAGGCUAGAAUAUCUCGAGCCAUACCGCUUGACAUCACGUGGACAGUGGCCGACGUGAAAGAGAAGCUGCUGCCUCUGGUGGAGCAGGAGGAGUCGACAGUGGUGGUGGUGCACGAUGCAGGGGGGCAGGACACUGGGCGAGUCUUCAUUGCAGCCAUGGAGCUGGGGCUGCUAACUGCCCCGUAUGCAUGGAUAGCCACAGAAGCCACGUGGACGGUUGUGAUUAGCGGAGAUGACACGCUGGCACCCGUCAGGAAAGCCAUGGAGGGCGUGUUGGGCGUUCAAGCAUACCUGCCGCCAUCACCAGAGCUAGCCAGCUUCAACAAGCUAUGGAACAGCGUGGAUCCCAAGCAGUACCCUGGGGCAGGAGAGAAGCCGGACAUCUACACGCUGCUGGGAUACGACACCAUUAUCAGUAGUAGCACGAGUGGUGGUGGUGGUGGUAGUGGUGGGGAGCAAGCAGCACUGCCAGGGUCGGUCAUCGGGCACAACCCCAUCUCGCCGCUCCUCUCAAUCACCACCUUCCAGUUCAGACGGUGCCGCUCUUUGCGAGACGGCGCUGCUCUUCGCGAGGUGCUGCUGCAUACUGAAAUAAACGGGGUCACUGGGAGGUUGAAUCUGCUGCCCAACGGGGACCGUGACAAGAGCGACCUGGAGGUUAUCAAUGUGGUCAACGGCACUGCUCGCGUGGUGGCGUACUGGCAGAGCUCCAGGGGAUUGCUCUCCACCACCAAGGCACCUUGGGGUUAUCUUCCCAAGAAGAAGCUCCGGCUGGCUGUCCCGGUGAAAAUGGGCUUUCACCAGUUCGCAAGCAUCGCCAGCACCACAACAGGAAGCGAAUCAGACCAGGCUGCUGUGGGGGGGUUCCCUGUGGCUGUCUUUCGGGCCACAGCAGCGCACCUCAAGUACCCUCUUCGGUUCGAGUUUGUGCCGUUUGGCAACGGCUCCUCCAACCCCAGCUAUGAUGAGAUGCUGCAAGCCGUGGCUGAUAAGAAACUGGACGGUGCGGUUGGGGACGUUGUCAUUACAAGUCAACGCACGCGCAUUGUCACCUUCUCAACCGCAUUCAUGUCCUCCAGUUUGGCAAUGGUCACGCUCGCACCGGAGGACUCCAACCCCUGGACGGCCCUGGUGCCCUUCUCCCCUUCCAUGUGGAUGUGGCUCGGCAUAGCAGCCGUCCUCUUCGCCCUCACCAUCCUCUUCCUGGAACGCCGCAACAACUCCCUCUUCCUGCAACACCCCGUGGAAGGCGAAACCAAGGCCGCCCAGUGCCGCUCGAAAGCCUUCUCGCUGCUGCAGGAUUUCUGGGAGGCGCUGUGGAUUUCAUUCCAGAACAGUGAGUUGAAACGCCCCUAUGUGCACUGCCUGGUGUGGUACGGGCUGGUGCUGAUUCUGAGCACCUCGUAUACGGCCAACCUCACUUCUAUUUACACCGUCAACCUGCUCACUCCGCCUCUCCAGAGUCUCUCCUUUCUAACAUCUCCCGAGUUCCUCUCCUUUCUAACAUCUCCCGAGUUCCUCUCCUUUCUAACAUCUCCCGAGUUCCUCUCCUUUCUAACAUCUCCCGAGUUCCUCUCCUUUCUAACAUCUCCCGAGUUCCUCUCCUUUCUAACAUCUCCCGAGUUCCUCUCCUUUCUAACAUCUCCCGAGUUCCUCUCCUUUCUAACAUCUCCCGAGUUCCUCUCCUUUCUAACAUCUCCCGAGUUCCUCUCCUUUCUAACAUCUCCCGAGUUCCCCUCCUUUCUAACAUCUCCCGAGUUCCCCUCCUUUCUAACAUCUCCCGAGUUCCCCUCCUUUCUAACAUCUCCCGAGUUCCUCUCCUUUCUAACAUCUCCCGAGUUCCUCUCCUUUCUAACAUCUCCCGAGUUCCUCUCCUUUCUAACAUCUCCCGAGUUCCUCUCCUUUCUAACAUCUCCCGAGUUCCUCUCCUUUCUAACAUCUCCCGAGUUCCCCUCCUUUCUAAUAUCUCCCGAGUUCCCCUCCUUUCUAACAUCUCCCGAGUUCCUCUCCUUUCUAACAUCUCCCGAGUUCCUCUCCUUUCUAACAUCUCCCGAGUUCCUCUCCUUUCUAACAUCUCCCGAGUUCCUCUCCUUUCUAACAUCUCCCGAGUUCCUCUCCUUUCUAACAUCUCCCGAGUUCCUCUCCUUUCUAACAUCUCCCGAGUUCCUCUCCUUUCUAACAUCUCCCGAGUUCCUCUCCUUUCUAACAUCUCCCGAGUUCCUCUCCUUUCUAACAUCUCCCGAGUUCCCCUCCUUUCUAACAUCUCCCGAGUUCCCCUCCUUUCUAACAUCUCCCGAGUUCCCCUCCUUUCUAACAUCUCCCGAGUUCCUCUCCUUUCUAACAUCUCCCGAGUUCCUCUCCUUUCUAACAUCUCCCGAGUUCCUCUCCUUUCUAACAUCUCCCGAGUUCCUCUCCUUUCUAACAUCUCCCGAGUUCCUCUCCUUUCUAACAUCUCCCGAGUUCCCCUCCUUUCUAAUAUCUCCCGAGUUCCCCUCCUUUCUAACAUCUCCCGAGUUCCUCUCCUUUCUAACAUCUCCCGAGUUCCUCUCCUUUCUAACAUCUCCCGAGUUCCUCUCCUUUCUAACAUCUCCCGAGUUCCUCUCCUUUCUAACAUCUCCCGAGUUCCUCUCCUUUCUAACAUCUCCCGAGUUCCUCUCCUUUCUAACAUCUCCCGAGUUCCUCUCCUUUCUAACAUCUCCCGAGUUCCUCUCCUUUCUAACAUCUCCCGAGUUCCUCUCCUUUCUAACAUCUCCCGAGUUCCCCUCCUUUCUAACAUCUCCCGAGUUCCCCUCCUUUCUAACAUCUCCCGAGUUCCUCUCCUUUCUAACAUCUCCCGAGUUCCUCUCCUUUCUAACAUCUCCCGAGUUCCUCUCCUUUCUAACAUCUCCCGAGUUCCUCUCCUUUCUAACAUCUCCCGAGUUCCUCUCCUUUCUAACAUCUCCCGAGUUCCUCUCCUUUCUAACAUCUCCCGAGUUCCUCUCCUUUCUAACAUCUCCCGAGUUCCUCUCCUUUCUAACAUCUCCCGAGUUCCCCUCCUUUCUAACAUCUCCCGAGUUCCUCUCCUUUCUAACAUCUCCCGAGUUCCUCUCCUUUCUAACAUCUCCCGAGUUCCUCUCCUUUCUAACAUCUCCCGAGUUCCUCUCCUUUCUAACAUCUCCCGAGUUCCUCUCCUUUCUAACAUCUCCCGAGUUCCUCUCCUUUCUAACAUCUCCCGAGUUCCUCUCCUUUCGAACAUCUCCCGAGUUCCCCUCCCCCCGUUGUGCCGUGCUGCUCACAGUCCGUAGGGGAGGUAGUGGCCCGAGGUUCCAUCAUUGGUCGGUGGGAAAAGCAGUGUCGGUGGGGGAAGCAGUGGUUCGGGGCUCCAUCAUUGGCUACCAAGCCGGGUCCUUCGUCCGAUCCUACCUUCUACAAAUAGGCCUCAAACCAUCCCAGCUGGUACCACUGAACAGUGAGGCUGACUAUUACGAGGCACUGACCACGAAGCGAGUGGAGGCCAUAGUGGAUCAGACGCCCUACAUCGCCCAGUUCAGCUCUCAGUACUGCGGCAUCCUCGUCUCUAUGCAGAACCUUCAGAACAUCUACUUGGCAUUUGCCUUCCCCAUUGGUUCCCAUCUGGGUGAUGACGUGGCACAUGCGCUGCUCUACGUGGCACAAAGUGGAGAGCUGCAGAGGAUACGAGAAGAUGUCUUUGCGACAACAGGGUCGUGUGGCAAGGCCUCCUCCUCCACCCUUCAACUCGGCUUCUGCAGUUUCAGCGGCAUCAUGCUUGUCUACCUGGGGCUGUCUCUGGGGGCUGUCUCUGGGGGCUGUCUCUGGGGGCUGUCUCUGGGGGCUGUCUCUGGGGGCUGUCUCUGGGGGCUGUCUCUGGGGGCUGUCUCUGGGGGCUGUCUCUGGGGGCUGUCUCUGGGGGCUGUCUCUGGGGGCUGUCUCUGGGGGCUGUCUCUGGGGGCUGUCUCUGGGGGCUGUCUCUGGGGGCUGUCUCUGGGGGCUGUCUCUGGGGGCUGUCUCUGGGGGCUGUCUCUGGGGGCUGUCUCUGGGGGCUGUCUCUGGGGGCUGUCUCUGGGGGCUGUCUCUGGGGGCUGUCUCUGGGGGCUGUCUCUGGGGGCUGUCUCUGGGGGCUGUCUCUGGGGGCUGUCUCUGGGGGCUGUCUCUGGGGGCUGUCUCUGGGGGCUGUCUCUGGGGGCUGUCUCUGGGGGCUGUCUCUGGGGGCUGUCUCUGGGGGCUGUCUCUGGGGGCUGUCUCUGGGGGCUGUCUCUGGGGGCUGUCUCUGGGGGCUGUCUCUGGGGGCUGUCUCUGGGGGCUGUCUCUGGGGGCUGUCUCUGGGGGCUGUCUCUGGGGGCUGUCUCUGGGGGCUGUCUCUGGGGGCUGUCUCUGGGGGCUGUCUCUGGGGGCUGUCUCUGGGGGCUGUCUCUGGGGGCUGUCUCUGGGGGCUGUCUCUGGGGGCUGUCUCUGGGGGCUGUCUCUGGGUGGGAGGCUGUCUCUGGGGGCUGUCUCUGGGGGCUGUCUCUGGGGGCUGUCUCUGGGGGCUGUCUCUGGGGGCUGUCUCUGGGGGCUGUCUCUGGGGGCUGUCUCUGGGGGCUGUCUCUGGGGGCUGUCUCUGGGGGCUGUCUCUGGGGGCUGUCUCUGGGGGCUGUCUCUGGGAGGCUGUCUCUGGGGGCUGUCUCUGGGGGCUGUCUCUGGGGGCUGUCUCUGGGGGCUGUCUCUGGGGGCUGUCUCUGGGGGCUGUCUCUGGGAGGCUGUCUCUGGGGGCUGUCUCUGGGGGCUGUCUCUGGGGGCUGUCUCUGGGGGCUGUCUCUGGGGGCUGUCUCUGGGGGCUGUCUCUGGGGGCUGUCUCUGGGGGCUGUCUCUGGGAGGCUGUCUCUGGGGGCUGUCUCUGGGGGCUGUCUCUGGGGGCUGUCUCUGGGGGCUGUCUCUGGGGGCUGUCUCUGGGGGCUGUCUCUGGGGGCUGUCUCUGGGGGCUGUCUCUGGGGCUGUCUCUGGGGGCUGUCUCUGGGGGCUGUCUCUGGGGGCUGUCUCUGGGGGCUGUCUCUGGGGGCUGUCUCUGGGGGCUGUCUCUGGGGGCUGUCUCUGGGGGCUGUCUCUGGGGGCUGUCUCUGGGGGCUGUCUCUGGGGGCUGUCUCUGGGGGCUGUCUCUGGGGGCUGUCUCUGGGGGCUGUCUCUGGGGGCUGUCUCUGGGGGCUGUCUCUGGGGGCUGUCUCUGGGAGGCUGUUUCUGGGGGCUGUCUCUGGGGGCUGUCUCUGGGGGCUGUCUCUGGGGGCUGUCUCUGGGAGGCUGUUUCUGGGGCUCCUCAACAAUUCUUCCUUCUUCUCUUCUGUCCCCAAACCCGGCCCCACUCCAACCUGA